UGAUCCAGAAGCACGUGGCAAUCGAUACUUCAUACUUGCUUGUGACAUGGAACACGUGGCAUUUCAUCGUUUACUUGGGCCUCUUAGCAAACGGCCCAGUAGAAUGUUUAAUGACCAAAAUAGCCCUUCGUCUCUUUUUGUUUACUUAAAUUCAACAUCUCCCUCUCCCUCGCGUCCGCGAAUGAAACGUCUUGAGAAUCCAAGAACGUGGGAAAGAAAUCAGCGCUGAAGAAACACGAAGAUGACGAGAAUGGAAUUGGCGCGCCUUGAAGAGAAUGGAUUUGAAGAACCCAACAAUGGGGAAGAACUUUCAUGGGAUGAUCUGGAGAGAGAAGCUGCUAGUAAUAUAUCGUCUAAAAGAUCUCAGGCUGGGAGAUCUCACCAGCAAGACUCUUUUAGAAAAGGUGAUGAAAUUUCUGGAGACUUGUAUGAACUCUGGAGGCAAGAACAGAACAGCAUUGCCGCAAGACUAGACAAAGAGCUUAAAUCCAGGUGGGAACUAGAUGAACUGAUUGAGGAACAGCUGAGCAGAUACCAGUCCCAUUACUACAAGUCCAUGGUUUCAACGUCCUUAAAAGAUGUCUCAAACCUCGUCCUGCCUACGUGGUUACCGCCUCAUGAGCUGGCUGCCGUGGCCUGGCUUGGAGACUGGCGUCCCACCUCCAUUCUUGACCUUGUCCGCAUUCUGGCGGCUCAAAACCCCUCCUUCUCUCUGUCUGAGUCGAGUGAACGUGUGCUCUCUCAGCUUCUCCGUGAGAUACGCAUCGAGGAGGCCGUGAUCGAUGAGGAGUAUGCAGAAAUUCAGGCCACCUGUGUCCUGCACCUUCCUUUUUCCCCGCUCUGCAAUACUCGGUCGCAUGAAGAAGCUCUGCGUUCUGUGCAGGAGCUCUUUGGGAACAUCCAUAGAGUCAUCUCAAAGGCACAACGACUCAGGUAUAAAGUGUUGGAGCUGGUGAUGAAGAAGCUGCUGAAUCAAACGGAUACAGCCGAGUUUGUGGUCGCAUUUGCAGGGAUUCAAGACGCCAUCCACCAGUUUGGAGAGCAGAAGAAGCUAAGAAAGUAUUACCCAGCGGUUCCUUCACCUCUGAAGGGAUCAGGAUCAUCUAGUUGAGAGCUAUGUUGGAGCAAAGCAAGUCCUAGUUCCAGAGUAAAGCUGUGAUGUGGGAUCUGCCUACUUGGAACUUGUGCCUUUUCAUCAACUGAUAUAUGUCAUUUACUUUAGGGUGUACAUGUUUAGCUGUCACCGACCAUUAUGUUCUUUGGAGGCAUUGGUCAUAACAAUGAUAAAACCAAUUCUUGUGUCUUUAUCAGCCUCUUCUUAACAGGCAAAUUUGGGUCAUCAGUUGUAUAUGUAUUUCCAAAAACAGUCCCAUGACUUUACUUGAAUGGCCAAUUGUUUGCAGCAUGUGACCCA